GCGUAAGGUGAACGUAAGGCGGCCAGGCGGAAGUUUGACUGAACACUAAAACCAGCGCGGCAGAUGAAACAUCCAUCAGUUUAUUUACGUCGUUGAUGUGGCGGCAACACGACACAUCGACAUGGAGUCGAGUGCGGACCGCGGACUCGAUGUGGAAUGUGUUGUUAAUCGGUGGAUAGUGGAUUAUUAUAUAUCUGUGGCGUUUGAGGCGUUCAGGAAUGAACAGGACAGUGAUUUCUGUGAGAUCAGAGACGUCCUUCAAUAUCAUCUGGUUCGGCCGUUGGAAGCCUACGACGCCACACCCAAGAAGAUUCGAGCUAUACAGUUCCUCACCAGGAUAUAUGACGGUGACAAACUCGACUUCUCGUUUGACCCUCAGGAGGACCUCACGCCACUGGAGUCGGCUCUGAGCGUAUUGGACAGCAUCCGCGACGAGUUGCCGGUUCCCCAGAAAGACUUGGAGAGAGUACAGAAGUCUGUCAGGGAGAUGCUGGUGAUCGUGUGCAUUAAGAACCAGGCCUUUGACAAAGCCAAGGAGGUUUUGAUGAAAUACUUCCCCAAAAGCAAGGUUGGAAAGAAAGCGAUCUUCCUGGGGCUGGUCAACAAGAGGAGCAGUGAUCAUUCAGUCCUGCAGCAGGUCUCCUACCAGCAGUUUAAACUGGAGAUGCUGCAGUUCUGUCAGAGCCUGUUUCCCUUCUCUCAUCCUUUCCUGUCCAGGGCUGCCAGACAGCUGGUGGUGAAGAGACGGGAGGCAGGACAGGAUGCAGAGGAAGGAGACUGUCCCUCAGACCCUCAGCCAGAGGACCAGCUUCUACCAGCAACAGAGGAGAAGACAUCCAGACACAAACCCAGUCCUCCCCCCGGUGGCGUCCUGCUGACCCGCAGCCAGCUGAUGGCCGUUUAUACAGCCCUGGCCGAGGAGCUGAGGGAGCCCAUGACCUUUGCCGAGCUGGAGGAGGAGGUCGAAAGGAGUGUAUUGGGAGUGACGCCUGGUAAAACUGAAUCUGACAUGACCCCAGGCAGGGCUCAGACGCUGUGUUGGAGCAGGACGUCCCCAGGUCCCAGAGAGAGUCCGACAGUCCAAUGGAGGCUUCCCCUGCUGACCUGGCACCCCGGGCUGACCUGGCACCCCCUGCUGGCCUGGCAGCCCCUGCUGGCCUGGCACCCCCUGCUGACCUGGCACCAGGCCCCCAGUGGAAGAGCCGAGGCUGGCCUCAUACCAUAG